UCGCCAACGUCGCGCGUGUCCGCACGACUCUUUGAAAGCUCCGCGCCGCGUAAAUAACUUCGAUACAUUUCUACGAAAAAUAAUAACACUCACUUCUACUAACAGAGUUUAAUUUUAUUUGAACUAUAAUAUUUUUUAAUAUAUUUUUCGUGUCAUAUAAAGUUAGUGGAGCUUUAGUUUGGAUUUGAAUCUUUUUGUGCAUAUGUAAAGGAACACUGUCUUCGCACCUAAUCAUCAUCCAACACGGACUUGGAAAUUGAACGUAUUGAAUUGGACUAUACCCUCGGCCGAGUCUGUAAACGUGCUCGAUGAAAUGUAAACGAUAACGUGAGGACAUAAUAAUGAAUGUUUUGUUGAUAUAGUUUGAAAACAAUCGGUCGUCGGUGCUCGUGUGAUUCAAUUUUAUGCUUUGACUGGCGGCUUCCUGCAACUGCGAGCGGAAGUCACCGAUACGAAGACCGAGUGAAGGCAGUUACAAAUAGAAGCUCAGUUCACCACCAGAACGAUUUCUUCAACAAAUAUCAGAGCCAAGUAUAAAACAUAGAGCGGCGAGCCACGAGAUACCACCGCUUCCUGAGCAGCUGUGACCCUAUAACCUCGCGCAUCGACAAAAUGCGUUAUCACCGCACUACUACCAACUUAUUGACCGGGACGAAGGUUCCUUAUCAGUCGCACACGAAACCCGCCAACGUAAACAUGAACAUGAAAUAGUGAUGAGCUCAAUUAACGCGAAACGCUUGUGGACGAAUGAUGUGUGUUAAAUCCCUAAGAUGGGUGACCUGCUGCCGAGUAUACCGCGGAGUACGUUCGCGAGUGAGCUAGAUGGAGGCAACUACAGCUGGGAGGGGGAGGGGGUGAAGGAGUACGGGUCGGACGCGGAGUUAGCAGCCGUCGAGCUGUUCCGUGACUACCCGGAGCCGCUGCUGCGCUUCGCCUCCGUCUGCUGUGUUCUCUUCAUGCUGGUGGGAAUCCCUGGCAACCUCAUCACCAUCGUUGCGCUUGCGAGGUGCAAGAAGGUUCGCAACGCAACCGCUGUGUUCAUAAUGAACCUGUCAUGCUCCGACCUCCUGUUCUGCUGCUUCAACCUGCCCCUCGCCGCCUCCACCUUCUGGAGACGGUCCUGGGCUCACGGCAGGAUCCUCUGCCGAAUGUUCCCACUGGCGAGGUACGCCCUCGUCGCCGUGUCGCUCUUCACCGUCCUAGCCAUCACCAUCAACCGAUACGUCAUGAUCUCACACCCACGCCUCUACCCAAAGUUGUAUCGGCGCCAAUAUUUAGCAGUAAUGGUGGCCAGUACCUGGGCCUUCUCGUUUGGAGCACUGAUAGCAACGUGGUUAGAGAAAUGGGGCAGAUUCGGACUGGAUCCCACUAUAGGGUCGUGUUCAAUACUGCCCGACAAAAAUAGUCGAUCCCCAAAGGAAUUCCUCUUCGUGGGCGCUUUUAUGCUGCCAUGUUUGGCCAUAGUUAUAUGUUAUGCUAGAAUAUUCUGCAUCGUAAGAGAAGCCGCGAGAAAGUCUCGCGCUCCAGUUCGAGGUCGAUCUAGGCCGGGCUUAGAAGACUCCGCCGUAGGUUCAGCAUCAACGGCUUUAGAACGAUCGCCUGGUCCAGAAAAUGGGAUCAAUCAUGUUGCUCCGCCGAGGCGGGCACUACUUGCGCCUCCCGCCCUACACUGUCCUCCUACGCCUGGACCUGAACGCUCGUCAUCUUCUGGCGUAGAUACAUUAGAUGGACACGAUGAGGAAUGCGCUCUAGACGCAAAACCUAGGACUCCCAGUGGUGGCGAAACAGCUAAGCGGCUCCGGCAAGCUGCUGUUGCGCUGAGACGAUCGCCUGCCUCUGUCAGACCCCCUCGUCUUACUCCGAAAGAUAGAAAACUACUUAAAAUGAUAAUGGCAAUAAUGCUAUCAUUUUGGGUGUGUUACUUACCAAUAACUUUGACAAAGAUAUUUCGAGAGUUCACGUCGCACCCAGCAGCGAAUAUAGCGGGGUAUAUCCUGAUAUACUUGACGACGUGUAUCAAUCCUAUCAUAUACGUGGUGAUGUCGUCGGAAUACCGGCAGGCGUACAAGAACCUGCUGAUGUGCCGUCGCUGGGCGUGA